AUGGGCUCCGGCUCAUCCCCACCUCUUGGACCAAAGCCCUAUUCUGCCCUCCCAUCUCAUCUUUUGAAUGGCAGUUCACCAUUACAUUCUUCAACCGCAACGAGCAACAGUGCUCGCGAGCGCGAAAGCUUGAAUUCGUCUAUCCGCUCGUCGUUCCGCGGAGCCGUCAGCUAUGAGUCAGCCGACGCACAUGCUGAACAUGAGCCCACCGAGGCCGAUAAGCUAGGACCCGUGAGCCCGCCUUCGCUCGUCAGUCGCCCGGCCAGUCCGUAUACCCUGGUACCGCCAAUUGAUUUUGAUGGCUUGAGCUGGCCUUGCCCCGGCACCAAAGAACGACUGGAGGAAACUCCUGAACAAAAUGCAGAGCGAGUGAAGAAACUAGCAGGAGCUGUCAAGACUAUCUUGGAGUGUGUGGGCGAGGACCCAGAACGAGAAGGUCUUCUCGGAACACCAGAACGCUAUGCUCGUGCCAUGCUUUGGUUUACAAAGGGCUAUAUGGAGAACGUCCGAGACUUGGUGAAUAACGCUACCUUCAUGGAGGAUCAUGAUGAAUUGGUCAUUGUGAAGGAUAUUGAGGUCUUCUCGCUGUGCGAGCAUCACAUGGUUCCUUUUACAGGAAAGAUUCAUAUCGGCUACAUUCCAGACCGCCGAGUGCUCGGUCUCUCGAAAUUGGCCCGUCUGGCCGAAAUGUUCUCGCGUCGCUUGCAAGUGCAAGAACGUCUCACGAAACAAAUCGCCUUGGCCAUCAAGGAAGUGUUGAAUCCACGAGGUGUCGGUGUUGUCAUGGAAUCAUCUCAUCUCUGCAUGGUAAUGCGUGGUGUCCAAAAGACCACCAGUACGACCACAACAAGUUGUAUGUUAGGCUGCAUGCGCACGAGUGCGAAAACUCGCGAGGAGUUCUUGACACUUCUCAACCGCAGAUAA